UCCUAAAAUUAAAAAAAAAAAAAAAAAAAAAAGAGCCCACUGUGCGCUAAUCUGCUCACCCCUUCUUUCUCCUGCAGUCUCCACGCACUUCCGGAGAAAGAAAGUGAGAAGAAGAGGCAGCUGCAGCAGCUUCACCUCCUGCCGCCCGCUUCAACUACAAGUAAUUCCAUCUGAUUUUGCGUCUUCUUUAGCUCAUUGGUAGGCUACAUACCCAAAAUCCCAAAACAUGGACUCUUCCAUACCUCAAAAACUCGAUGAGUGCUCACCAUCCUCAACCACCAUAAAAUUCGACCACCCAAUCCCUCUACUCCGGGGUCCUGUACCCGCCAGCUCAUCCGACGAUCCGUCAUCCCGCCCUUAUGUUCUCGCUGCUGCCUCCAAGAUAUUUGAGUUUAAAAUUAUCGAGCAGUGCGAUGGUGGGGCCAGGAUUGGGUGCGCCAUAGCAGCGUCCAACAAGUGUAAUCCCCCGUGGUGGCACAAUUUCAUAGGAGGGAAAUAUCCUGAUUUGAAGGAGAGAGAGAUGUGCGAGGAACGCGAAAUGGAGGGCUGUUUGGGUGCAGCGAAGGAGAAGUUCAUUGGGUUUGCCAAGUGCAACUGUUGGAGGUCGUUUAGCGAGGCGAGAAUUGCAGCUGGGGAGGGAAUGUUGAGUGAGAAAGUGGUUAGGAAGUUUGUAUGUUUGGUAUCAAUGCUAGAGAGGAGCAAGUGGGGUUGGUUUGAUGGAAUUUGAUAGAUGUGAGUUUGGCAUCACGAAUUAUAGAGCUACCGAGUUGCUGGGCGCUGAUCCAAAGUACGAAUAGUUUUUCAAUCAACGUUGAAAGAGAGCAAGAAUGUGGGGUUAUUGGGUUGUGCCAUUGAGGUGGUGGGAGGUUUGGCCAUUUUUAACUGGUUGAGGAUGAGGAUCGACGCUGGAGAGGGAUGCUUGGUUAAACUUCUGUGGCCAAUUGUUUUUUCAAGUGAAUAAAAUAGAUGCUAAUCCCGUUGAGACUUUAGAUGAAGAGUGUUCCCUUACUUAAAUUGCUAACUUUAGCCAACAAAUUCAGGGAAGAAACGAAGUGGGGUUUCAAUAAUUGGCUGACAACACUGUUCAUGUACAUUGGAAAGGAGCUGCAGAGAUGAUAGGGAUGUGUUCAGAUUAUUAUGAGAGCAAUGGGGUUAUAGAGCAGUGGGGUUAUAAAGCCAUGGAUAAAGAUGGAAAAAGUAAAAUUGAGAGAAUAAUCCAAUGUGUGGGAACUAGUAGCCUCAGAUGCAUUGCUUUUGCUUACGAGAAAAUUACAGAGGAAGAAAUGAUAAAGAACGGAAACGGUUAUAAAUACGCGCCCAAGACUACCAGAAAUGGUUGAUCUUGCUAGGGAUAGUGGGUCCCAAGGAUCCAUGUCGGCCAGGAGCCAGGAAAGCUGUGGAAAUUUGCAAGUCCUCGGAUGUAAGCAUCAAAAAGAUAACCAAGGACAUUUUUUUCACAGCAAAAGCCAUAUCCAUAGAAUGUGGAAUUCUAUAGAGAGGUCACCGAGUAGACAAUGGAGUAUUGGUAGAAGGUGUUGAAUUUCAGAACUCCACACAUGAUGGAAAGGGUUGAUAAGAUUGUGUGAUGGCAAGGUUAUCGCCCUUUGACAAACUUCUAAUGGUACAAUGCUUGAGGCAGAAAGAUCAUGUUGUUGCAGUAACAGUAGAUGGCAUAAAUGAUGUACCUGCAUUAGAAUAAGCUGAUAUAGGACUGUCUAUGGGCAUUCAAGGCACAGAGUGGUUGCUAAGUAAAGGUCAGAUAUUGUCAUUUUGGAUGAUAAUUUUACUUCUGUGGCCACAGUUUUAAGGUGGGGAAGAUGUAUCUAUAACCUCCAGAAAUUUAUCAAGAUUCAACUAACUGUAAGUGUUGCUGCUUUUGUGAUCAACUUCAUAGCAGCAGGUUCUGCUGGUGAGCUUCCUCUAACAGCACAUCAAUUGCUCUGGGUAGACCUCAUUGUGGACCCGCUCGUAGCUCUGGCACUGGCUGCAGAACGACCCACUGCUGAGCCAAUGCAGAGGCUGCCUGUAAGUCAGACAUAGCCCCUUAUAACAAAUAUUAUGUGGAGAAACCUGCUAGCUCAAGCUCUUUACCAGGUAGCAAUCCAGCUUCAAAAGGGCUAUGUGUUCAAUGUACCAUAGAAAGUCUCUUCCUCUAGGCUUGGAACUGAGCGUGUGGAGAAGCUAAAAGAUUUAUGUUUUGCAAAUUGACCCCUCAAAAUGUGACAGUAGGGCUUCAAUUGUUUCCUAUUCCCAAAUUUUAACAAGAGCAAUGAUUUAAUCUGCCAAA